AUGGUGCUGCUGCUGCUCGUGGCCAUCCCGCUGCUGGUGCACAGCUCCCGCGGGCCGGCGCACUACGAGAUGCUGGGUCGCUGCCGUAUGGUGUGCGACCCGCACGGGCCUCGAAGCCCGGGCCCCGACGGUGCGCCCGCCUCCGUGCCCCCUUUCCCGCCGGGCACCAAGGGAGAGGUGGGCCGGCGCGGGAAGGCAGGCCUGAGGGGGCCCCCGGGACCUCCAGGUCCCAGAGGGCCCCCAGGAGAGCCUGGCAGGCCGGGCCCCCCGGGCCCUCCUGGCCCAGGUCCCGGCGGAGCAGCGCCCCCUGCAGGCUAUGUGCCUCGCAUUGCCUUCUACGCUGGCCUGCGACGGCCUCACGAGGGUUAUGAGGUGCUGCGCUUCGACGACGUGGUGACCAACGUGGGCAACGCUUACGAGGCGGCCAGCGGCAAGUUCACCUGCCCCAUGCCGGGCGUCUACUUUUUUGCUUACCACGUGCUCAUGCGCGGUGGCGACGGCACCAGCAUGUGGGCAGACCUGAUGAAGAAUGGACAGGUUCGGGCCAGCGCCAUUGCCCAGGAUGCGGACCAGAACUACGACUAUGCCAGCAACAGCGUCAUCCUGCACCUGGAUGUAGGCGACGAGGUCUUCGUCAAGCUGGAUGGCGGGAAAGUGCACGGCGGGAACACCAACAAGUACAGCACUUUCUCUGGCUUCAUCAUCUACCCGGACUGA